AUGGCUGCCAGAAAAUGGGAUACCGCAUGCAUCAUCGCGGCCGCAUGUGUGCGGAGUCAAGGCCGGUUGAAGCCGGGAUGGGGCGCAGACAGGAUCAUCAUUCUUGUGAUCACCGUUUCUCGCAGAAACGUGAUGUUGAUCCGGUCUGUCGCGGAAAUACUGCGUAUCCUCCUGCGCCCAAGAUUGGCCAAUCUCAACUUUGUUCACACCAGCACACGCAACCACUUUGCACCAGCCGGCAACUCCAUCCAGUACACGCCCCACCAUGUUCGAUGGGGAAGCUUUUGA